AUGAAGGGAGGAAUUGCUGCCGCCGCCGUUGCGGCCAUGGCCACUGGCGCCCACGCCGCUUACCCUCACCACCGCCGCGCCCACGACCUCUUCCGUCGUGGUGAGGUUUGCGUCCCCAGCUGCACCACCAUCUGGACCACCUACUACGGCGAGCCUACUCUCAUCCCCAACCCUCCCCCUCCUGCUCCCAAGACCAAGGAGGUUGUCACCACCAAGGCUCCUGAGGCUCCCAAGCCUACCUAUGAGGCUCCCAAGCCGACCUACGAGGCUCCUAAGCCCAAGCCUACCACCACCAAGGUCGUCGAGGUCCCGGUCGUCCCUAUUCCUACUCCCCAGGAGUACAACUGCCCGACCCCUGGCACUUACACCUUCCCCGCCACCACCCUGACCGUGACCGAGUCCACCACCGUCUGCGUCGGCGAGUCCACCAAGGUUCCCUCCGGAACUCACACCUUCGGCGGUGUCACCACCGUUGUCGAGCAGCCCACGACCAUCACCUGCCCCUACGCCAAGGAGACUGAGCACGAGGGCAAGGUCACCAGCGUCAUCGAGACCACCGUCUUUGUCUGCCCUACCGCUGGCACCUACACCAUCGCUCCCGUCACCAAGAGCUGCACCGAGGAGACCGUCCUGGUCUACCCCGUCCCCACCAGCUACGCUCCUGGCACCUACACUGCUCCCGAGCAGGUUGUGACCGUCACUGAGACCGACUACGUCUACGUCUGCCCCUACUCUCAGGUUGGCGUCCCUACUUCCUCCAAGGCUCCUGAGGCUCCCAAGCCUACCUACGUGGCUCCUAAGCCUACGUACGAGGCCCCCAAGCCCAAGCCCACCACCGCUGUUUACGAGGCUCCCAAGGAGAAGCCCUCCACUCCCGUCUACGAGGUUCCCACCGAGAAGCCUUCCACCCCUGCCUACACCCAGCCCGCUUAUGAGAAGCCCUCCGCUGCUCCCAAGCCCAAGGCCCAGCCCAAGAAGGUUUCCACUGGCGGCUCCCUCCGAGGUGGCAACGACCACUACGGUAUCACCUACACCCCCUACGAGUCCUCCAACGGUGACUGCAAGUCCGCCGACAAGGUUGACCAGGACAUUGCUGAGCUCAAGGAGGCUGGUUUCCAGAUCAUCCGAUCCUACUCUACUGACUGCGACACCCUCAAGUCUGUUGGCGGUGCCUGCAAGAAGCACGGUAUUGACAUGAUCAUUGGUGUCUUUGUCAAGGCCUCUGGCUGCUCUUACGAGACCCCCGAGAUCAAGGAGCAGGUCGACGCCAUCGCCGAGUGGGCUCAGUGGGAUCAGGUCAAGCUCUUCGUUGUCGGUAACGAGGCCAUCAUGAACGGCUUCUGCUCUGCUGCCGAGCUCCGCGAACUCAUCACUGUUGUCAAGUCCAAGUGCUCCGGCUACACCGGUCCUUACACCAUCGCCGAGACCCUCAACAUCUGGGAGCAGCCCGAGACCAAGUCCGCCAUCUGCGACGUUGUUGAUGUCACUGGUGCUAACAUCCACCCCUACUUCAACGCCGAGGUCACCCCCUCCGACGCCGGUACCUUCGUCUCUGGCCAGCUCGACCUCCUCAGCAAGAUCUGCGAGGGUAACGACGUGAUCAACCUGGAGUGCGGCUGGCCCUCUGAGGGUAACUGCAACGGCUCUGCUUGCCCCGGUAAGUCGGAGCAGGCUGAGGCUAUCAAGUCUAUCCGCGAGAGCUGCGGUGACAAGACUGUCUUCUUCUCCUACGAGGAUGACAAGUGGAAGGAGCCCGGCUCCUGCAACUGUGAGCAGAGCUGGGGCUGCAAGAGCGCCUUCUACUAA